AUGUCAUUAUCGAUGUUCAACAAUCUUUGUCAAAAUGUUUUGAAAUUAAUAGGAAAUCGACUUGUCUCAUUACGUGUAAUAUUAAACAACGCUAUUGACGGAUGGUCAAUCGUUUCAUCAUCUCUAAAAUAUCAUCAAACAACAUUACUUCAACGUCUUCAUCUGAUCGAUAUUGAACCACAUGAGUUUGAUAACUUAUUGUGUAAUCCUUUAAUAAAACAAGUACAUACUUUAUUAGUUGAUGUUACACCAUCUAAUCCAUUUAAUUAUCUUGAAAUUGAAGGAGUAUGUUCACAGCUGCCUCGUCUAAUAAAUUGUCGACUUCCAUCUAAUGCUUGUUAUAAAAAUUCAUAUAAACUAGACAAAUACUCUGCUGUACCAAUGAUGAAUUUACCAAAUUUAUUAAAUACAACUCGUCUUCGUAGAUUGACUAUUGGUAUGCAUACAUCACGUUUUCUCGAACGUUUAAUAUCGUGUAUACCCUUUAUUGAAAAUCUUUCUGUUGGUGUAAAAGAUCUACUUAUGAACGGCAACAAUAGUUUUAACGUAAACGCAAUACCUGCCACUGUCAAUACUCAUCUUGUGUAUUUAUCUCGUUUACAUAUAGACUGCACAAAUAGCAUUAGUUUUCAUCGAACUAUUGCGCUUUUAUCAUUUGUAUUUGGUCAACUUAAUCAUCUAUCAGUAAAAUUAGUAGCAAUUAUGGAAAUCUCUAGUCCAUUAGUUAUAUCAGGUGACGUUAUUCAACAAUCAUGUAUUGAUCGUCUCAAACCAUUAGCAACCUAUAAUCUUAAUCUAGAAUUAGAUGUUAGCAAUGACUUGGAAGAAAAAAUAAUUUUGAACUCAUUUUGUAAUGUUCCAUUUACUAAUCGACAACGACCGAGAGUUUUUAUUCAAGAACGUGGUAAUUACUAUAGUGGACAUCAUUAUCAUUGUUUUACUGUAUUCACUUCACCAUGUAAUGAUACAAUACUUCCAAUAUAUCUGUUCUGUAGAGGUCUGGAAAAAUCUUGUCAAAUGCCAAUUAAUGCAAUAGAUAUGUUUCCACGCGCUAAUGAGUUAUUCUUGACUGGUUAUAGAAAGGAGACUUGUAUUUCAGAGCUCGGUAAUUUUCGAAGUUCUAUAUCAUCAUUAGUUCCAUGGCCAUUAUUAACAAAAAUUUCAAUUGAUGAAGGUGAUAUUGUUACUACAACUGAACUAGAAUCAAUAUUACGGAUGGCUUAUAAUGUUCAUACAUUAGAUAUAUGGGAGGACAAUGGAAUUUUUUCCCAUGCCAUAUUACAUAAUCUUGACAAUCUCGGAACUCGCGUCAAUCAGCAAAUAAAAACACUUGUGAUGGACGAUAUAUCAUUAACAUUCAAAAAUGCUGAACAGUUUUGCAAAUUAUUGUCGAAUCAGUUAUCUAAUUUGAAAGUAGUUUUCUUUAAUAUCUAUGGUUCAUAUGAUGGAUGGUAUUGGAAAUCGUCGCGUACUGUUGAUGCUGAACAUGAAUCUACAAAAUGUAUUCUUAAUCUUAUUCAUUUUCUUGUUGAUCAUUUACAACAACUUGUUUCGCUUUAUAUCAGAUUUAUCGAUUUUGAUUGCUAUGAAACACCUUGUAUUCCAGAUAUAAUUCAACAACAAUUACAUCAAUAUCUACUUAAUCGUCCAUAUCGACUGCGAUGUUCUACCAAAUCAAUUGAAAUUUGGCUUUAA